AAUCGAGUUAUACGUCACUUUCGUUUGAGGAAUCCAUCUCUCCAAUCCUUCAAACAUCGCCUUCAUGCCUCCUACGUUCCCACUUCUCACCACCCAAUCUCCAACCCACGCGCACAACUCCCAUCAACUGCCCAUUACUCUGGUAAGCUGCUUGAAGUGAGGGAUUAUGCUAGAGAUUUGUCUGCAAAUAACUGAGUUAAGCAGAAAGUGAAAGGACUCUGUGAGAAAAAAGUGAGUGUUUUGAGUAGUAGUAGUAAGAGUACUGGGUGUCAGUUCCUGUUUUGGUACGUACAAGUGCACCGAUGCAACUGCAGAAUGCAGUGCUUCAUCUCCACAUUGACCAUCCUCAUUUACGGACUCUGUUACUCCACAGAAAGAGUACUCUUUCUAACCCCACCAGCUCCCUUUUACUCUUUCACCUCCGCCCCACCUCCACGGCCACCACCUCUAUCGCAGGCGCAGUCACAUUCCUUAGAUGCCUUCUCUGAAGUUGUGGGUUCAUGGUUUCUCAUUGUAGCACGCCUUAUUUUACUGUCUUUCUCUACUCUGAUACUUAGUAUCAGGUUUCAAAGUUGUGGAGGCGACCCCCACAAACAUUCAAAAAGCUGGAAAAGGGUACGAAGGAGAGUCCGAGUCUAGAUCUCUCAAGGACUCAUCAUAAGCUACAUAGAGAUUCUCUACGGAUUCUGCAACAGAAAGGAUCAAAGGAAGAAGAUGAUGAAAAGAGCCAACACAGAAAGGAUUGCUUCGCCAUUGUCAGUAUCUUCAACAGUCGCGAUAAGUCUCUAGGAUGUUACAUGAGAAAACAAAAGAUAUAUGGAAAAGCAAACGCUCUUACUUGAUGUCUUCUUCUGCAUCAUUAGUAUCUGAGCAACUGAUGAUCGAAGGCACAAGAAUCAGUUUGGAGCACGCAUCAUCGGAGCUGAGGCUGAAGAAGGGAGCAGAAAGAGUGCAAGUCCGACGAGGUCACAUUGCGCGUUCCAUCGGAAAGAAAGAUCGUCACAGCAAGGACCGACUCGGCUACGACAGACCCAGUAAGGCGGUUGAUUGGCUCAUGGAGAAGGCGAAAACGGCCAUUGAUGCUCUUGCAGAGUUGCCUACACAAUGUCCUUUAUCUACUUCUGUUGUUGCAUCAGCCCAACAGAGAGAGCAGAAUCUAAAUCAUCUACAGCAUCCCCACUUAUGCGUUGAGCAGUUGGAAACUAUCUUGGAUUUGAAUCAGCAGCAUUUGAAUGAGAAUCCCAUUUACAGUUCAGGAUUGUUUCACAUUCCUGUUUCCACAGCAUUUUCUGCAGUUCAUUUCCAGAACAGCCCAGCUUAUCCGAAUUUAGGAGCAAUAAGCCACACUCAAUAUCCUUACCUGUCUAUUCAGAGCUUCCAAGACCCAACACUUGGACGUCAUCAUUCUACAACUAUUUCUUCAGCGGAUCAAGCCAUCUACUCUGCCUCGUCUCCACUAGUUUUUGAUGCCGCAUCUAACCACUGGCCUCAUAGUGAUCCACCUGAGAUGAGUCAGCCCCAGAAAAUGAUUGAUUGGAAUUCUGACACAGGCAAUGGAAUUCAAGGGCUUGUCUUUGAUUCGUUGCCACUUCCACUACAAGAACCAGCUCUUAGCCAAAACCAGUUGUUUUCUGAGAGGGAACCCCUUCAGUCCACUGAUUCAGCUUUAAUUUCCGAUUGGAUGAAUCCACCUAUUUCCACCGCCAAUGUUCAACACAUCACAAAGGAAGCCAAUCAAUCAUCUGGCUUUGCAUUGGCCUCAAACGGAAUUUCGAGGAUUGGCAUUUCUGCACAUAUUCAAGGUGAAGAUAUGGAGCAGAGCACGGUGUGAAACAGCCAGUCCUCUGCUACUCACUGCUGAGAUUACCAAAAUCAAAAUCCUAAUUCCACUUAGCGCCCAACCACACUUCCACUUUAACACUUCUUAUAAAAUCUCCUUUUUCAUUCGGCGAUACAAAAUUGAGCUAUUAUGUGAGUUCAAAUAAGUGACUCCGGUUACUUGGUUUAAUGUGUUCGAAAGUAGGUUUUCCCUUUUGAGUUCAUGCUGUUUUCUCUUAGUUGGAUUGCUUCCCGUUUCCACUACUACAAUUUAAUGCUAUAAACCGCAUUGUCCCUUUUGCAGUCAUCAAUUUCUCAUUUCUAUA